AUGUCCUCAGCAAGAUCCUCGUUCCUAUCUAGGGACAAGUAUGGCUACGACCUCGUUGUGGCCACUACGCAAGCCAGCAUCAACUCGGGUCUUCACAAAUAUCUCGCUGAGAAUGAGUUCAAGGAUCAGUUUCUCUGCUUCAAGAUCGACCCUGGCAAUGGGAAGUAUUUCGACGUCCCCCUCAAAAUGCUCCUCGACGAGACCAAAGUCAACCCCUUUGACAUCCCCGCUGGCACCGAUGCGGCGGAUCCAAGAAUCCAAACCCUCACGGCCGCCAAGUUUGCCCUGGGCAUCAAGAUGACGGUCGGUGUCCCACAGGGUGUCAACCCAAAGAACCUCGACAUUGUCACCCUCGGCAGCAGCGCCGAAAGUGUUCUCUUUAACAUGUACUGUAAGGACAUUACCGUGAUUGAGAACUACAUGAAUUGGGGGAUGCACAAAUGGAACGUCACCUCACAGCCCGAGGGAACCCCGUGGUAUGUCCAGACCAGGGUCAACCUCACCAUGUCGGAGCUGGACGAGAGCCUCAAAACGGACUACUUCGACAAACACCCCGAUGAGCGAGAUGCCAUCAGGGCACGUCUCAAGCCUUUGGGGGACAUGGCCUUUUCCAUCCAGCAGCUCAACUUCGACCUCGCGAAUGCGCUGCUUCAGUCCCCUCCCACCUUCAAGGGGCUUGAGGAAGGAACGUGGCCAUCCAAUGCUCUCAAAACCGCCUUCGCUGAUGUCUGGUUCAAGGCCGCCAAGGAACGUGGCUUGCCCAUCAUGUCGCUCCAGGCCGUAAUCAACAAGCCGGACCCGUCGCAACUCCACUUGACAGACUACGAGCGACAGGUCAGCGUGUACAAGGGUGCUACCGGCAAUGCCAACCGUGACAAGAACCUCACCACGCUCGACUAUCUUUGUGCUGUCAACAAUAAUCGGCUCCCCCUACCGGCCCCUUUUGACUGGAACUGGGUCGACAGUGCCAACAUGAACAGUCAAGCGGGCGUCGUGUGCAUCAACCGCAACACUAUUGCCAACUUCCUCGCCGGCAAGCUUUUGCCUAUUGCCCAGAGGUCUUGCAUAUCUGUCGAGGCUUACGUCUCGGUCAAGUCGGGGGGCGAUGCCACAUACGCCUGGCGUUUGGAAACGGGCCAGGUACCCCAGGUCAUCAUCAAUCCCAAGGGCAAGGAUGUCCUCAGCAUAGCGUACUACGGCGAAGCCAAGGACAACGCUGCAGCUGGUGCCACGACAGGCGAAUUUUACCUGAAUUCUAGUUAUUCGUUGGAAGUGCAACUCGAGGGUCUGCGCGUCAGGGUCCGACAGCGGUUGCAGAUUUACAUCUAUGCCGAGUGGAACACGUCCGGGACCGGUUGUACGGUCUACGACACGGUGUUGACGGACUGGUAUCAGAUCGAUGUUGACGGUUAUGGUAACCUGUCCAUGUCCUGGACUGCCACCAAGGAUCCUGAGGACUACUCGACAAAGCCCGCCCUCAACUCCUUCCUUGACUUUUUCGCAAACAUCAACGAUUUACUCGACGAUAUCGGGGAUAAGGUCAGGCCGUUUGUGGACAGGCAGUUGAAGCGAGUCGACUUUGGAACCAUACAGAGCUUCAUCUUCCCCGGUGGGAGGGUCUUUGCCUUCAAGAACGCCCGCUGGUCUGACAAUCAGGAUCUCCUCGCUGAUAUCACAUACGCCGAUACGACGGCCGAAGCUAGCCAGCGCUCACUUGCCAUAGAACCUGUUUUGAUGCAGUCGAGGACGCAACAGGCUGAAACGCUGCAGGUGGCUCCGAGGAUCGUGACUGCGUCGUCGGAGCUAAUCCAGAAUUACAUCCAAGCCGAGAUAGUCGCUCCACGGUCCAAGUUUGAGGCUCUGCAGACCGGUGACGGCCACGCGCUGCUCUUCGGUCUUGACCCUGGGGGCAGUUUCCAUGUCAUCCAGGAGCACAGUGGCAACGCUGAUGUGCGGACCGGGUGGCAGGUCCUUGACCUCUCGACCCUGGUCAUCAGUACCGUCUUUCGCAACCAAGCGGCGGUAGUCCGUUCCUUUGAUGUCGCGCAGAGCGCCGUCAAUGGUACCGUGUCUAUGGCCAUGGCCAUCACAGCUAACGGCGAAGACCACCUCUUCCUUUCGCUCGGGAAUCCUUCGUCGGACACGGCAUGGACCGGGAACGCCUCCUGGGUUCAAUACACGUUCGAUGCCGAGGGCCAGCAGAUGAGCAACAUCACCAUCGUCGGCAUUCUCUUCGCCGAGACCUCGGAAAAGCAGCAAUACAUCAUCGUCGACAUCGACCGCACCGACAACUCGUCUGUAAAGAAGAUAGAGCGGUACUACGUUGACCCGACUCAGGAGACGGGGCGCUACUGGGUCAAGCACGACAUUUCGGUAGACGUCGAGGACGCCAGUUACCAAAGCUGCAUCGGCCGCCGCUCCAUGAACGACGAAGUUGACGGGACCUAUACCUCAGGCACCGUUAAGGGGAAACCACAGCUCGUCUACCUGCCAGUCGUCAACCAAUGGGGGCCAGGCCCCGCUGAAACCGUUCGGAUGAGCUUGCCCAACAAGGUCGUCCCCACGGCCAUUACAACAGCCCGAAAUACCGACAAGCAGUCCCCCCUUUAUGCAACGACGGACCUGUAUGCCAUAGGUGACUCCACCUUGUACCGAUUCCCCGCCGAGUCACUGAGCUCGCCCCAGGCGCUGGCUACGAGCAGCGUGCUCGCGGGGACCGACCAGCUCGCGGCCAUGACUCACGAUGGCAUCACUACCAUCUGGGGCAAAAACGCCAGCGACCAAGUCUACUAUCUCUCAUGCCCCGCCUCCCAACUGGCCGUCCCAGGGGCCUGGAGCACCCCCAUGCCCAUUGCGAGCGGCGUCGAGCGCAUGUCAGCGUACGCCAACCGGGCCGACGGUGGCAACACCAUCUUCACUUCGGGCGGCGGAAAGCUGCAGCGGUUGGUCCAGAGCACGGCCGCAGCCUCCAAGGUUUGGCGAGUUGAGGAUAUCAAGCUCGCGGUACCCGCCACGACCAAGGCCCUGGCGUUUAAAUCCUAUACAACCACAGUGCGCGUCGCCGAUGAGAACGAUGUCGGGGUGCCCAACGCCGUGGUCACGUUGACGGCAAAGAAUCGUACCCCCGUCUACAUCCACGGCCUGUACUACGUCUUAUCAUCGGUGCCUGUCCAGGUGACGGCCGACGCCUCAGGCUUGCUCUCAAUUGUUGAAGCCAUUACCAACAUCAACGGCUCUGUCUUAAGCGUCUCAGCCGAUGGGGGUACAACCAUCGAAGUCAACCCCAUGGAGAAGAGCUUCCAGAAACUCGCGUCGCUCGACUCGGAGACGUCCCUGAGGAAUGCCAGCUUUCCCACCAAUGUCAAAGCUGGCGGUAUCAUUGGUGCCCCUCAGACGGCCCCGCUAGUCAAGGAGGGCACGCCUUCAGCCGAUGUCACGGCCGUGGCCCAGGGAAUGCAAAAUCUGAAAAAGGCAUAUGCCAGCGCCGGUGCCGCUGGUGCUCUGUCUCUCGCGGCUGGUCCCUCGGUUGUUCCCACGACCAUGUUCUUCGCGUCGAGUACUAGCGACGUGGCCGCGGCAGCAGGAGAUCUCUUCCGUUAUCUCAAGACAGGCGUCGAGGCGGCGGUCGACGUGUUUGUGGACGCGGUGACGCAGGCCUGGAGCUUUGUCGUCACCAUCGCCGGCAAGGCAUACCGGGCGGUGCUGGACACGGUCGAGGCCGUUGUUGGCGCGCUUGAGUGCGUAUGGGACAAAAUCAAGACCGGUGUCCAAGACCUGAUGCGCUACGUCGAGUUUCUGUUUGAGUGGGACGACAUCCGGCGGACUAAAGAUGUCCUGCACAACAUGAUCCGGUUGUACCUCAAAGAUAAAGUUGACGGCAUCCAAACCUUCAAAGCACAGCUCGAUGCCUGUGUCCAGGACGUGGAGAAGCAAGUUGGCGAGACUUUUGGGGUAAAGGACUGGAGUCCCCUCGGCGAACACGCGACCAAACCUCUGUCGGCUGGCAGCAAGGAUCCCAACAAGGGCCAGACAUCGGGCUCGCAGCUGCUGUCCAGCCACUACAAAAACAACGCCGUGAAUCUGAGCGUCGUCGGUGACGAACCGGCUCUCGAUGUCGCCGAGUCGCUCCUCGCAACGCUGAUCGAUGCAUUGGAGCAGGAGGGCGAUGUGCUAUCGUCAGUGGUUCAGCAGCUUGUCGAUCUCGGCAAGAAAUUCCCUAGCAUGACGGUAGGGGAGCUGCUCACUGAGCUGGCUGGUAUCCUGGUUGACGGCGUUCUCUCAAGCGCGCAGGUUGUCAUGGACGCGCUGCUCGACGUACUGUCGUCGGUUGCAUCGGCUCUGCUGGAUGCUCUCGAUACCAAGAUAUAUAUACCCGUCAUAUCGGAUAUCCUGGGGGCCAUUGGCGUGCCUUCGCUGUCGUUCCUGGAUCUGGUCUGCUGGCUGGGUGCGGUGCCGCUCACCGUCGUCUACAAGCUCGUCGAGGAUGAACCACCCUUUCCGGAUACAGACCUUGUCAAGCGACUGAUCAACGCCAGCAGCCUGGAUGAGUUCAAAGCGGCGAUACAACCUCAACCCCGGCAGACCCUCACCGUGACUAGUAAUCGACCGCAGAAGAGUCAGGCGGUCAGCGUCGAAAGGCUAUACCAACACUGCCACUAUGUGGCGGGGAUGCUAUCCUGGGCCAACAUUCUCUUCGUCACGAUUGAAGUCCCGGAACCCCCGGGAAAAAUACGUGACAUCCUGGGGUCCCUGACAGAGUUUAACUGGAUCGCCGGCACGUCGCUGAUGGCCCUCGCCGACGAGUUCAUCGAAAAGAUGCCGGUUGAAGGAACCUGGACAAAAGUCCUCUCUGGAGGGGCUUUGGGUCUCACCAUUCUGUCCAAGCUCUACUUCUUUGGCCCAGCACAAAGCUUUCUGAAAACCACCAGGUUGGUCCAGAAAUGGCCGAUGCUUAUCCCAGAAGAUAGCCGAACCGUGACUGCGACCAUCGAUGCAGUCCUGACCCUGCCGACGUACCUCGUGACAGUGGUGCACUUUGCGCAGCUCGCUGGCAAACCAACGGGAAAAGACCAGGAUGCAGCCAUCGUCGCAGAGUGUGCAAAUCUCUGCGGCUAUUUCGCGAGCUGGCUGUACUGGGCUGCGGUGAUUGACAAGGAAAAAGAGUCGCAGGGCGUGAUUGUUGGCUUUUUGGCGUUCUUCAAUUUUGCCGGCGGGGCGCUGCAAGUUGCGGAAGGGGCUAUGGACGCUUUUGUGCCGGAGAAGUAGGUCGGUAAUGAUUCUUCGAUGGUUGUUUAAACAGUCAGUCGUUACAGUCAUCAAGUUGCAUUCCCCAACCGAUGGAAAUGUCUGUCCGGCUGUGCAGCGCGCCCAUGUCGUGCUGUCUGA